AGAGAGUGUUUGCCCUGUGAUGGACUGGUGUCCCCUCCAGAAAGUAACUUGCCUCGCAUCCUAUACCUCCAUGAUCCUGCAAUGGACAAGCAGUUAAGGGAUCUAUCCGUAUUUUUAUUUUGUAGAUAAGUCAUUUCUUGUAAAAGCAUGGAUAAUUGAAGGAAAAAGUAAUGUUUUCUUCCUCAUGGUACCAGUUGGCCCAAGAGACUGUGAAGAGGCUGUGGUUGUGGCCCCUGCCUCUGAAGCCAUGUUGAGUGUGACCUCUCAGCCGAAAGAGGCCUCGGGUCGGGCCGAGGUUCAUCCUGAGGGCAACCAAGGUGUGCUGGAACCUGCGGAGGCCACGUGUGCAGUGAAGGAGACAAAGAGCUCCCAUGAUUGUGAGAAUCCCCACAAAGGGAGGAGGAGAUGGAUGCUGAAGUGGAAGUGUCGGAGAUCCGUGGACCAAGGUACCCUUCUACCUAGCAAAGGAAACUUGAAGAAGCUGUACACCAAGGGAAAGCUCCUGGGCAAAGGAGGCUACGCGUCCGUCUAUGAAGGGAUCCGAAAGAGCGAUGGACUGCCGGUAAAGGGGCACAUUGCCACUAUAGCCCAGGCAUUAAUCCCACACUGCAUUCCCAAAUUAAAUUUGGAUUGCACUCAUUUCAAGGUGUAUGGUGGUCUUGCCAGAUUUAAACCAGAAUUAUCAUCGAUUUGUCAUGAAUGGUGGUAUGUGAGUUUGAUCCAAUUUCCCUCCUGUACCAUAUCCUCCUCACAGCCUGUAUGGAAGGAGCACCUUCCAGUGGAAGUUGCUAUGAUGAAGCUGGUUAAUGCUGCACCUGCCAGCCCUUAUGUCCUCAAUCUCAUUGAGUGGUUUGACAUGACAUUGAAAUAUGCCUUGGUGCUGGAAAGACCCCAGGCCUGCCAAAGCCUGACACACUUCUGCAAAGUCCAGGGGGGCAAGUUGAUGGAAGAGCAGGCUCGGCCUGUGAUGCAGCAGGUGAUCAAGGCGCUGAGGCACUGCCAGGACAGGGGUGUUGUGCACCGAGACCUGAAGCCUCCGAACCUACUGAUCCAGCCCGAGACACUGCAGGUUAAAUUGAUAGACUUUGGCAGCGCGAUACUUCUGAAAGAUGCUGAAGGCCAAAAAAUUGUAGAAUCUCUUACAGGGACAGAGUUCUACAUGCCACCAGAGGUGUUCGUGCAUCGUCAGUACCUGCCCAGCCCAGCCACAGUCUGGUCCAUUGGGGUGACGCUGUACAAGCUGGUGGUCGGCUCCCUGCCCUUCAUCAGCAGAUGUGACAUUAUGUCUUGCAAAGUCUGCCUCCAACCUGGAAUGUCAAAUGAAUGCCAAGAUCUGAUCACAUCCUGCUUGCAGCUCAAACCAGCAAACCGUCCCACACUAGAUCAGAUCCAGCUCCAUCCCUGGUUCCAGUGGGACGAGCACAGUUAAAACCUUCGCCAGCCAAAGCUCAGUAUUUACUGUUAGAUCCUCAAGUAGUUUAUAGAGGUAAAUUAAUAAAAGUAUCAAUGUAAGUGUGUGUGGCCUGUGCAGGUGAGGGAACUCACCAGCCCACUUGAC